AUGUCUUGGCUCGCAGGCCAAGGUUCCGGCGAGGAGAACGAUAACCUCGGCGUUGAUUGGGUACUGCAGUACGACUUCGGUGACCUUGAUCAAGCGCAAGCGAUUCUUGAGUUUCGCACGCUCGUUGCGGACUUGCACGAAGCCGGUCUUCGUGUGCAGGUGCGUCAUGGCCACGGUUCGUCGCUAUUGGUGUGUAUUCGGGUGCCUAGGGACCACCUUGGCCAGAUGAUUCAAAAGUCGAGGAUUAAGGAUUGGUUGUUUGGAAUCACGCAUAGUCUGCCGACGGGCGACGAAAACACAACCGCCGAUCCCGAGACGCCUGCGGAGCAGAUCCGCUCGGUUUAUCACGCUGUCACUUGGCAGAAGAAACUGGGCGGCGCGGGCAUCACGCCGAACCAUGGAAAGUGGAAGAACGUGACUGCCUCUUUCCCGCUACACGAUCAGGACGCGUGCUCUGAGUUGCUACGACAGUGGAAUCGCAAGACGGUGUUGACGACUCAGGAUCUCGACACCAUCCGCGCGCUCUUUGGUGAAAAGGUCGCUUUCUACUAUGCUUUUAUCAACUGUUACUCGCUCUUUCUGGUGGUGCCGGCCGUUCUGGGCAUUUUCGGCUGGCUCUAUCUGGGCCCCUACUCAAUCAUCUACGGCGGUGCUCUAUGCAUCUGGUGCGUGGUAUUCGUCGAGUUCUGGAAGAUCCGCGAGUCCGAUCUGGGCCUGCGAUGGGGGGUCAAGGGCGUCGACAGGCUGAAGAUGGAUCGGGCGCAGUAUGAGUGGGAGAAGGAAGUCACGGACCCCAUUUCAGGGCAGGUGGUACACGUCUUCCCCGGGUGGAAGCAGUUCCUGCGACAGCUGCUCCUGAUUCCCUUUGCUUCAAUCGCUAGCGUCGCUCUUGGAGGCUUGAUCUGCGCCACGUUCGCAUCAGAAGUCUUCAUCUCGGAGGUGUAUAAAGGUCCUUUCAAAGGAUACCUGGAAUUUCUGCCGACCGUUCUCUUCUCGCUCUCGCUCCCCGCCAUUAACUCUUUUCUCACCGGCAUCGCAACCCGCCUGACCGACUACGAAAACUACCGAACGCAGGAUCUGUAUGACCUCGCACAAACCCAAAAGACCUUCGUGAUGAACUUCAUCACUUCCUUCCUGCCGACCAUCUUGACCGCAUACGUCUACGUUCCAUUCGGCAAAUCCAUCAUCCCUCUCCUCGAUAUACUCCGAUGGACCGGUCUCAAUUCAGAUACCGCCAAGAUCUACCGUGAGUUUGAGGUGGACACAUCUCGUUUCCAGCAGGAGGUUAUCUACCUAUCGAUGACCGCACAGGUGCUCAGCUUCGGCGAGGAGAUCGUCCUGCCAUACGUGAAGCAUUUCCUGUGGCAGAAAUGGAGAAACUACCGGGACCGCAAGGCUGGAUUAAGUCGCAAACGCAGCUUGUCCAAAGCCUCAGACUUGCUAUUGAUCGACCCUCUGGAAGAAGCAUCGUUCCUGAAACGCGUGCGCAGCGAGGCCGACGCCGAUGAAUAUAAAGUGGAAGACGACAUAUUGGAAAUGUGUGUGCAAUUUGGCUAUCUCGCCCUAUUCGGCGUUGCAUGGCCACUUGUCCCACUGGGCUUCCUACUGAACAACUGGCUGGAAUUACGAGGCGAUUUCUUCAAACUUACCCUGGAAUGCCAGCGCCCACCCCCCAUUCGAACAGACUCCAUCGGACCGUGUCUCUUGGGCCUGGAUUUGAUAGCCUGGAUGGGCACACUGUCCACAGCAGCGAUUGUCCACCUAUAUCGAGGCCCCAUGUCCGAAGUCCGGCUAUCCUACCUUCUCUUGACUAUUUUCGUGGCGGAACAAGCAUACCUCGCCCUCCGGUUCAUAACCUCCACAGCGUUGCAAAAGAUCUUCUCCGACGCACUCCGUCGCGAAGAAGCCCGGCGAUACGCAGUGCGAAAAGGCUUCCUCGAAGCCAGCACGUCGCCCGCCGAGAAAUCAACUUCACCUGGUGGGCGGGUCCGCCAGCGUGUGCGUUUCCACGAGCGGGUCAACGUCUAUCCCUCCAGCGAUAGCAAUCAUUCGCCCGACGGCAGUCCAUCACCGACGAUUGAGGAGCCGCAUGAUGAUGUUUUACGUGGAUCCGACCGUGAGGCGGAGUUUUGGGCUGGGCCGUCGAGUGACACUGCGGAGGCAGGCGUUAAGCUGAUCCGUGCGCUGACUUCGAAAGCAGGGGAUGAUGCCAAGUGGACUAAAGAGGCAUAG